UUGAAGAUCUGCAAAAGGUUAGAAAUUUACCUCUUCUGAAUAUCCUCCGCCCAUAGGAUUAAACUGGUGAAAUGGCGGACUCAAUGCUGAUAAAAUAGACCAGGAAGAACGACACCUCGACCCGAUAACACUGGUUCUAGAAACAACGAAACUGCGUGUUAGCAAACGGAUGGCAGUAUUACCAGCCAAUCUCGACGACAUCAAGGACGUGAAGGAAAAACGAAAUAGCGCAGCCGGCCGCUAGUACGGAAAAAAAGUGAUCUGACGUCACUGCAUAUGCAGGAACAAAACGAGGAAGGAAGGUGCUCAAUGAACAAUGUCACGAGUCAGUAAGCUUCCACUACCUUGGGAAGCGCGCCAUAUCAGCGAACUCAUCACGUGAUCUAAACAUGACGUCACAUAACUAGUCGUCUGUGUUUUUAUUGACGAUUUGCCGUGAAAGCUCGUCCCUGGUGCGGAAGUAACAUCAUAAAUACCUACAAAUUUGAUGAAGUUCCCGGAGCCCUACCUCUGAAGUGGACCACCGAAGACGGCAGACGUUACCCAAGGUUAAUAUUCUCACAAAAAUUCCUGCAAUUUGCAUGAUAGUUUGAUUCAGAAGCGAGAGUGAAUUAAGUGUUUUGUUGGAUCCUGAACGAGAGGAAUUUACAUUGGAUUGUACACGUUUUCACGAAUCCGGAUUUGGGCGGUGGACGAACUGCAUGUUCCACGACGUGACCGGUGCGGCUGUGUACAAAAACACUGUCAUUUCGUUUGGAAUCCUUACCAGUGUUGAUGGAAAAUCGGAGAUCUGUCCUGCUUAACAGUCAUUUCAUUAUCAUCAACUUUAUAUCCGACGGAGACUUACCUUCCAACGCUUGUCAAGAUGGAGCAGUUAGCAGGCAACCCAGUCACGUUAUUAAUCAAAGCGCCUAACCAGAAGCUUGGGGACCAGACCGUUCAGUGCUUCCUGGACUGGAGUGUGCAGAAACUCAAGAACCACCUCGCCAACGUUUAUCCGAGUAAACCAAAUGAGAAGAACCAGAGAAUUAUUUAUUCUGGUAAACUCUUGAAAGACAACCUGCUGUUGAAAGAUGUUCUGAGAUUGGAUGAUAAGACCCUUCAGCAGCACACCGUCCAUCUGGUCUGCUCACCCUCCCCUGAAGAUCUCAUCCAAUCCUUCAAGCCUAGCCCCGUCACCCGUCAAUCCAACCCAUCCCCUUCAUUCAGUCCCACACCAUCAACAGUACCAGGCGGCUCUAUGGCAAGCACCUCCACAGAGGGAGGGACGACCACUCCAGUAACUGCACACAGGAGGCAGAGUACACCUGUUGAGCCUGCACUACCAGCCACCGGUGGGCUGAGGCAUAGGACUGUCAGCACUCCCUCCUUCUCCAACUUCUAUCCGUACAGUUAUGGGAACUACCCGAUGCAGUACGGACCCAGAGGUAACCAGCCAGGCUACAUGGCAGCUAACCACCAGCAGCAGGCAAUGUGGAUGCAGCAGAUGUAUGCACAGCAGAUGGCGCAGUACAUGCAGUACUCUACCCAGUUUCAAGCAGGCGGUGCGGGCCUCAAUGCCAACCUCCCCCCAGCCCAUGCACCUGUCGUGGUCCCUCCGCCUCAGGUCCCCGAUCAACCUGGAGUGGGAGUGGUCAACCCCCCGGUAGCUCCAAACGUCGCUGGGCCCGACCAGAAUGUCCGCAUGAAUGCCGGGCUGGGGCCGGCCGUGGAUGACGACGAUGACGAAAACGUGAACCGCGACUGGUUGGAUUGGAUCUACACGUUCUGUCGUUUUAGCGUCAUGCUCAGUUUGGUGUAUUUCUACUCGUCCCUCAGUCGGUUUCUCAUGGUGGUCGGCUUCAUGAUAUUCAUGUACCUAUAUCAAAAGCGUUGGUUCCGGCUACAACGGACGCCUGUCGCCAGGGAGAGACUGGAGGAUAAUGGGAAUGUUGAGCAAGAAGACAGGGAACCAGACAACAGUAAUCAGGAACAGCCGCAGCAGGAUGAGUCUUCUGAAAGAGAGAGCAGUACGGAGUCACAAGAGGAGCGAGAGACAGACUCCGAUUCCGCCGAGAGACCACCAGCUCCUCCUGAGCCACCCAAGCCUGGUGUCCUGACCAUCGCCUGGGUGUUCCUGUCAACGUUCUUCACUUCCUUGUUUCCUCAAGAUCCCAACGUGGCCGCUGCAAACUAACCCUAACCAAUCAGAAUUAGUCACACUCCAUCCAGAGCGAGGUCGGGUCCCCAAAACAGGCUCCCCGAGCUGCGGCUCGACUACUGUCGGCUUCUUCCCACGUGGUAGUAUGUGCGAAGACCUAGACAAUUGCUGUAGACAAACAAUUUCAGCCUAAGGCUUCCUGAGACAUCCCCAUUAUUUCCCUGUAGCUGUUUUGGCAGUUUUGAGUACCACUUGUACGGAGAGCCAUGAACACAAUAGUCAGGCACCCAUCAGGCAGUGAUUGGUGUCCUAACUAGUUGUGUGUUGGGUUCUGGUAUCAGACCAAGAUGGCGACAGCCUGAAAGACUCUAAUUUGUCAGAGGUACAUGACUAAUUUGUAUAUUAAGCCUUCCCCGUCCCCCUUCCCUCUCCCUCGAAAAUCAGAAAAAAAAGACCAUGUCCAUCAAAAACCAAUACUCACUCUGCUUCACAUAAUGCUUCAGGACCAAAUCCGUUGAAAUCCAUCACUGAUUCUGGUGGAUUUUGAUGGACUUGGUACACAUGGCUUAUCAGCCAAAAUCCCCCCAAAAAUGAGGGGAUGGAUUUUGAUGGAGUUCGUAAGAUUAGGGUUAAUUAUUGAGCUUUGCAAUCGAUGUUUUCUUAAUGAAUACAUCAGUUUUGGGGAUUUUUUUUUCUCCGCAUAUCCUAUUUUAUUUUCAUUCAGUUGAACUCAAUUUGACUGACUGAUCUUUCCAGUCAAUUUUUUUUUCUGUGUUACCUUGACAAAUCGUGAUGAUGAAUCAGUAAUUAUAAUUAAAAUGUAAAAAAAAAAAGACAAGGUCCCUAUAAAAAUUCAUGAACAUUUUUGGUUUUCCACUUGAGGUUAUUAAUUAGGACCAAUUUAUAUAGUUAGGUGAAGGGUAUGUUCAAACUAAAUUUGCACUCGUUUAUUCCCUUGAAGUCCUUUCAUUAUGUUAGAUCCCUGUAAAUAGAAAUUAAAGUCGAAAAGGAGAAAAAUGCAUUCACGCGUCAAAAUAAAAAAUAGCUUAGCUUGAACUCUGCCUUUGAGAAAUAUCAGCGAAUUGUUCCUUCCAACAGAUUAGGUUCAAUCUUUUAUCCCCCCCCCCCCAAACAAAUUUUUUUGGAGUCCAAUAUACUAAAAUGAAAAACACCUAACGUGCCUCUAUUUUAUACUUAUGCAUUUGUUGUAUAAUGUGUAACUGACAAGGUUAAAUGGUUUUUAGACCUUUUUCAGCCUGCAUACAAGUUUUGAGCCCCUAUUUUGAAGGGAGGGGACCCUCCAUCUCCCCCUUCAAUGGAACCACGCCUCUUGCAAAAACUACACAUAUAAUCCAAUUACAUGUGUGUGCCAUGUUUUUUAAUAUCGGCUAUUUCUAACAUCUUGCAUGUGAAUACAAUAAAAUAAAAAAAAAGGAUUCAAGAAUAUAUGCAUAUAAAACCAUUUGCAUGAAAGUACAAUAAGCAGUGCAAACAGGAAUGUGUACCUUGAAUACUGUAUGCGUAGAAAGUUGCUGCAGUUUCAUUUUAGGUAAAAGCCCAAUAAAUAAAGGGAUUCGUCUGGCUGUGGUGUUGGUAUUGUUAAACGGUGGCCAACAUGGGAUGUGUUUUUGCAGUGGGGUGAUCGAUAACAAUAAGUGCUUCCAAAAGUGUCGUUUAAACAUCGUAAUCUUGUUUACGUGGACUUUGUGAGGUAGAUGUCGGGGUAAUUUGCAUGACACUUUUGCCCUUUCUGAUAUUUUUAUCAUUUUUAUCACCAUGUCAUUUGUAUUCAUAUUCAUAACGUCAAAUAAUAUGCGUAGUGCGAGAAAGCUUUUUGGAAACGAUAAUCAUUUGCAUCUCUUGUAAAGAAAAUUAAUAUAUUAUAUUUUUUGGGGGGGGGGGGGGUCAGGAUGAGAGUUUGUCUUGUCUUGUCAUGUAUUAAAUUGGGACUAGAAUAUUUCCUUGUAUUUACUAAUUGAAACAAAUUACCUUUUAUUUUUUAAGAGAACUUGGAGUUUUGUUUUGUUUUGAACAGAUGAUUGUUUGAAAAACAUAAAUAUUUAAUUUUUUUGUCCAAACAUGAAUUUUAGCCAAAUGCAGAAAUGGUGGUAAUGGCAGCUUUUGAGUGAAGGUUUUAACAUUUUACUUUUAAAAAGUGUACUUGUUUUGGUCGCUCUACAUUUUGCAUUUUGCAACAAAUUAUCGCAAGGCAUGGACUGCUCCCGACAGGAGAGGCCAUUAUGCGACUGUUGGAAUCAAGCUUUUUGGAGCUAUGACUUGUUAGUUAUAGAUUUACUGUGGCUUCACAAGGCCACAUUACUGGGCUGUCUUAGUUUAACCUUAAAAAAAAAAUAACAGAUUUAAAACUAGGAUUGAGUGGAUUUUUUUUGAGUUGUUAACUUUCUCAGUUCAUUUGUUAGUGUGGCUUUGUCUGCCCUCACUAAGUUCCGGAGAAAAUGGUUCAUUUCUAUAAAUAAGUGUAAAUACCUAAGUCUGCAUAUCCAAUGUUAUUCUGUAAAUUAAAAAUGUACAAACAUAUAAUGUAUAUAAACUAUCAACGUACAUGUAAUUGAGAUACAGCUCUUGCUUACGAUUAAAAACACAAAUUGAAAAGGAA